AGUACCGGUGACGAACCAUGAGUCAGACCGCCGAACAGGUUAGGUAGAAACUUUUACCUGACAUAUUUAGACCUCAGACCAGGCGUUCACUGUGUCACACUCAUGGCGGAGUUCGCUGAGAACAGUGGCCGCCAAGCUGAAGAACAUGACGGGACAAGCAGCAGGAAUGUCCCCGACCCCCUGUGUGGGACAGGUGACCCCGCGAUGACAGUCCCCCGGGGGCUGUGGUCCUCACAUCAUGACCAGAGAAAAAAGUUAGUCCUGCACAUCGACCUGAACAACACCAUACUGGUGUCGGACGCCGCGACGGGUCAGGGGACUGUAGCGGCUCUGGACUAUUUCCUCUCGACUGUCACCUGGGGGAAGAUGAGCAAACACGGGAAGUGGGAAUGGCUGAGCGACUCGCCCUCCCUGCUCCCACCGUGUGAUGAUGCUGUCACUUACUACUCUCAGUUUGGGCGGAUACCAGGUUUCACCUCCGCUGCGGGGCAGCGUUUCCGAGGGGUCCUGGACGAGCACCUGGCUCUGCUCCGCUGGCCCGAGGGUGUCAAGGGAGACAGAGAGCUGGCUGUGAAAGGAGAGGAUGGACGACUGUACCACUGGAUCCUGCCCUCCUUCUUCCAGCUGCUCAGAGACCUGGUGCAGGAAGGAAGGGAGUUUGCCAUCCUUUUCCGUACGUUUGGCACCGACCUGCCUCGCGUGCUGAGGGCUGUGUUCAAAGCACUGAAUGAAGGGGCUCAUCCACUGUUCCCUGAUCUGCCUGAUCUCAAGUUAAGCGUGAAUAUGACUGCAGGCAAGAUCCGCUGCAACAAGAGGGGAACCGUCGUGAGCCGAGCCGAAGACCGAGUGUCCACUCGUGACGGAGAAAGAGGCCUGUACCAGUACUUCAGCUCAGUCCAGGGCCUGGGGGGCUUUCAGGACCACUUUGACUGGUGGGUCAGCAAUACCUACUCCAUUCGUGGGGGGAAGCCGCUGUGGGUCGACCCCUUUGACCAGAACGUUCAGCACAUCUUCAUAGACGACAACAUCCGCCAGAAUGACGAGGACACCAUCGUUCAUCCCAAGGUGUUCUUGGACCCAGGUAGCACUGAGACUCGCACAGCCUGCACCUCUGAGCUCUAUGACAUCACACUGGUCCAGACCGACCUCCUCCGGGCCAUUUCUGACCCGAGCUACUUCACUCAGCGCGUCCACAUCUGCCAGAAAAACUAUGACAGGAAUCUCCAGCAGGGGGCAGGCUAGAACACAGUUCAACCCUCCCCUCACCACACCGUGUUUGCAUAUGUGACAACCUCCAGCUUAGGGUUCUGUUGACCCAGACCCAACAAUCCCAGCAUAGACAGAGGAUGCAGACACAGCAGACUGUAGGUAGGGACAUUAAACACAAAGUGUGAGGAAGGCCACAUAAAUAAACAUGCAGAUGAGGAAGGAUCACAGUUACUAUCUGACAAUCAAACAUUCUAAAUACUUUCCAGAUGGACAAACGUUUGGCAGCUACACAACAGGUCACCACGCAUACUUUAUGUCCCCUGGGAGAGCAGUGAAAGGGUCUCAUGGUCUAUAGAGACACAAAUAAGAUUUUUCGACCUGAUGAAGCAGUGAAGUGGCCAGGCCAGACUCUUUGAAGGCUCUGUGACUAAUCACGUCACGGCAUAAUUGGCUUAACUCUCUGAAAUUUAUGUCAAACAUAAGUGGGGUCAGCUCCGUUGAAAAACCCUUCAAGUGUUGUGUUAGUCGUCCACUGAGUAGAAAUCCCCCAGGGUUUAGCUCCGGCUCUUCAUUUGCCGUCCUCGGGGGUGUGACACUUUCAUGCGGCUUCUCUCUUAGGUUGUUCAGAAAAUGUAUGUUAACUUCCAUUGCUGGCCAUUGUCUGCACUGUUUACAUCCACCAGGAACUGAAAGGUAAUACUUGAAUAUUUCCAGAUGAGUGAACAAGAAUCUGAUGACUGAGUUUGACUGUGUAACUUAAGGGUGAUACCUCAGAGCGCACUGUAAACCCAUUAUGAAGGCAAGAAAUGACUUAAUAUACUUUCUAAUAUGACUAUUAGAUUCAUACGACACCACUGAAAUCAUAAAGAAAUGUAUCGUUUGCUGAUAUGAUGGGGUAAGAGUAAUCCAUUACCAUCUGUCAGGGCGGUUUGAUUACACAAUGUAAUAUCUUGUGGAAGCACUGAGACAUAUCAUUAGGCUGAACGUGGCUGUGGGAUGUGUUUGCACUGAAUUAUUUACUGUGGUUUUUAUCGUUUGAAAGCGCACUUGUGUGAAACAUUUAAUAAGAUGGAUUUGUUAUGGUGAUUUUUGCUUUGAGGGUUUCAGGAUAUAUUUAUUAUUAAGAUUUCAGGGAGAUUCUUUUAGUGGCUGUGUUUUCCUCAGGUCAGCAGCAUCAGUAAUCUAAAGAACAACACUGAAAGGCAGGUUACUGAGCACCACCGAGAGCAGUGGAGUGAUACUACCAAUGUUACGUGUCUCCAGUAUAUAUUGAGCGAAGGUUUCUUCAAAUGGAGAGCAUGUCAGUGAGCACUUGAAGACAAAGGCAAAGGUGGGAUGGAGCUUCGUUGCUGAUGGACGUUCAGUGUGCAAAACUCUUAGCACAAAAUGCUUCGCUUCAUGCACAUGCAUCAGAGCACCACAGCACUGUAUAUGUUUAUCACUGCAUUUUAAUCAUUUGUCGUUUUAAAGCAAAACUAUCAUUGCUGUCAAGCACUUACUGAUUCCAAUCAAAACAGUCUACAAUGUGUAAGUAGCAAUGAGCAGGAAAUAUGCAACAGAAGUUGGUAUUUGACAUGAUGUGGAGUACACUCUGUUAUUUGUUGAAUGCUGUAUUACUGUAAAUAGACUUUACAGUAAAUUCUACAGUCAUACAAGGCAGAAUGAUGAUUACUUCACUGCAUCGGUUCAUUUUUGACCUCAAACAAACAAACCGCAGACAUUUCAGCUGCUGUGCAUUCAGUCAUUAAAAUGCAGUAAGCUACAGUAACGCUGUAUUUCUGAAAAGAAAGGAGUAGCGUUGCGUGGAUUCAGUGGCUUUCUUCUGAGGCCCGAGCAUGUCGUUUUGUUUCGCACGUUACCACGUGACCUCGGCACCUUGCAUUUAGAGUUUUGCACACUGAAACUCUCCCGUUAAAUACUGCUGCACUGCGCAGUGAAGCCACAUCCGUAUCAUAAGGUCACCACGAAUUCUGAUGCUGCCAUGCAUUUGAAUGCACAUCACAUCAAAACUUGAACAUCUUCAUUUAUUUAUUUUUCUGAUAUGAAAUAUUGCCAUUCGGUGUUAAAUAAACCUGGAAGUUUUU